ACUGGCUGAAGGUUUUCUGAUCACAGUCCCCGACCUCUGUCAGAAAUGGGGAACGUGCAGUCGGAGCCGUCCGCGGGCGGGGGCUCCCGAAAAGAGCAGGCCUCUGACCGCGCCUCCGACUCCCGACGGACACCCCUGGUGGAGCCUGAGGUGACCCUUUCCUCCCCAGCCAUGCGCCUGGCUCGCGGGCUGGGCGUCUGGUUCCCUGGCAGCUCCGCGCCCCCGGGACUCCUGGUACCCCCGGAGCCCCAGGCCGCACCCUCGCCCCUGCCCCUGACCUUAGAACUGCCCUCUCCAGUGACGCCUCCUCCGGAGGAGGUGGCUGCCGCUGCGGUCUCGCCACCACCCCCUCCCCCCGUGGGGACCCUGUUGCCCGCGCCGUCUAAGUGGAGAAAACCUAUGGGCACUCCAGUGCCCCGGAUCCGCGGCCUGCUAGAGGCGAGCCAUCGAGGCCAGGGCGACCCUCCGAGCCUCCGCCCGCUGCCGCCACCGCCCCGCCAGCUAACCGAAAAGGACCCUGUCCCAAGGGUCCCACACUCUUCUCCACCGCCCUUGGAGCCGCGGAAGCCGCCACCACCGCCACCUUCAAACUGGCAGCCCUCGGACCGCAAAAUCGCUCCUGCUCUAGCCACACCAGCCGCAACCCCCACAGAAAACCAAGUUGGGCGUAGCAGCGAGGGUCAGGCCGCCAGUGGGGUUCGAGGAGGGACGUCUCCCCAGUCAGGCGAAGGCGAAAUGCCCCGGCCUGCGGCUUCCGAGUCCGGCCUGAGCCUACUAUGUAAAGUCACCUUCAAGUCCGGGCCUCCCCUUCCCUCUACGGCAGCCUCAGGUUCCUUAGAGGCCAAAGCCUCGCUCGGGGGCUGCGGAGGAGGAGGCGGAGGACUCUUCGCUGCCUCCGGUGCCAUCUCUUAUGCUGAGGUCCUGAAGCAAGGGCCCCUGGCUCCUGGAGCCCCUCGCCCCCUGGGAGAGGUCCCUCGGGUGGUACAGGAAACCGAGGGCGGUGAUGGAGACAGCGAAGGGUGUUCUAGUGCCCCUUCAGCGCCCCCGUCCCACGCCCGAGCCCUACCGCCGCCACCGUACACCACCUUCCCAGGUUCAAAGCCUAAGUUCGACUGGGUGAGCCCUACCGACGGCCCUGAACGCCACUUUCGCUUCAACGGGGCUGGCGGAGGCGUUGGGGCGCCCCGACGGCGCGCAGCAGCGUUCUCAGGGCCCUGGGGCUCCCCUCCGUCACCACCAGGGCAGAUGCACUCAGCUCCCGGGCCUCGGAGGCCCGCACCUGCCCUGCUGGCUCCACCUAUGUUCAUCUUCCCCGCGCCCACAAAUGGCGAGCCUGUGCGCCCCGGGCCUCCGGGCCUGCAGGAUUUACCCCCGCCGCCGCCUCCCACACCGCCACCCACACCACCGCCCGCGCCGCCGCCCACGCCACAACCGCCCCCACUCCAGCUAGCGCCGCUGCCGGUGGCGCUCCCGCCCACCCCAGGCCUUGGCCACGUGGAGCCAGCCUUGGCUCCUGCCCCCGCCCCCGCUCUACUCCCCGCCUUGGCUGCGGACCAGACCCCAGCCCCGGCUUCAAUUCCCUCGGCUGCUGAGCCAUCGCUGCCCGCGCCGGCGCCUGCGCCUAUCAAGGCCCGCACACGUAGAAACAAGGCUACUCGCGCGGCCCGGGGCGUGACCCGCGAAGAUGGAGUGCCGGGAGAUGGUCCCCGUGAAGGAACUACAGCUACCACGACUGACAGCGGCAGUAGAGGGAGUGGUAUCAACGGGGCACCCCUGGCCGGGGCAACUAACACCAGCGCUGCGCGCCACUGGCCACCCUUCCAGGUGCUUAACUCUUGUCCCUGCAAAUGUUACUGCCGCCACCAGCCAGGCCAUCGCCGCCUGCCACGCAACGUUUCUGCCUGGCUGAGCACACCUACCAACCACCUGAGUGAGCCACCCUGGGUCGCCACCAUCAAGCUAGCUGGCUCCCUGGUAGCUGGGCUGGAGCACUACGACUUGCAGGCCACUCCUUCCAACUGA